UCGGUCCACUUGGUGUUUUAACUCAGGUCCAUCAUGGCGGCUAACAGAAUAUCAUGUAUGGGGUUAAAUGCCCUCAUUUACGCACCGAAGCAGGUAUAUGAUGCACAGGCACUGAGGAACUGCUGGGGAGUAGUGGCACAGGCAAGAAGUUACUAUGUUGACUGGAGGAUGCUGAGGGAUGUCAAGAGAAGACAGAUGGCCUUUGAGUACGCUGAUGAGAGGAUACGUAUAAAUGCACUGCGAAAAAACACCAUCCUGCCCAAAGAGCUUCAGGAAAUAGCAGACAAGGAGAUUGCAGCACUACCCAGAGACAGCUGCCCUGUGAGGAUACGUAACAGGUGUGUGUUGACUUCCCGACCUCGGGGAGUGAAGAGAAGAUGGAGACUGAGUCGUAUUGUCUUCCGGCAUCUAGCUGAUCACAAUCAGAUGUCAGGAAUCCUGAGGGCAAGGUGGUGACUGUGGCUUUGUUGGACUUGGUAGAGAGAUUGUGUCAAUAAAAACUUGGCUGUUUGACAUCAGCGUUUCAAACUUCUGGAUAUAUUUUGUUUGCUGUACAGUGACAUGCAUUUGUUUUCCUCUGGGAAUGAAUAAAAAAUAAAAAUAUUAUUGAAGAGAAAA